GUGCCCAGAAAUAAACAAACAGGACCUUGUAAGCGCGGUAGAAUACAAUCCAGAUACAAAUCGCUUACUUUUUCUCUUGAAAGUAAAUCGUUUAUUCGUGUUUGUCAGAAAAGAGAAAUGUGUGUGAUUGUACCAUGUACUUUACAGUAUACGAGGACUAUGCUCGUGUAACUCCUGCUCGUAUUGUGCUUAGCUUAUCAAAAUGUCGUUACAAAAUCUCUUGUUAGUGGAGGUUAUUGAUAACUGUCAGUUAGUGUAAUGAAGACGUUUUUAACCUUUGACACCAUGCCACUACAUUGUGACUCAGGAAGCCGACAUGACUUUCCACGCCUGGCCAGAGAGGCUGGGUUUUCCUUUAACUUAUAUCGUGGUAGAGUAGACUGGGCUAAAAUUGGAGCUGUUGAUGUUGAUAAAAUUGUGCGAGAACGAGACUUGGAGACUUUACAGGAUGUUCUCUCUUGUGUGAUGUCCUGUAAUUUGAGUAGUGAUUAUGACCUGAAAGUACUAGACCCAAACUUUAUAAAAAUAUUUCAGCUAGCUCAACUUGCUGCUGACUUUUUGUUGUAUUGUCGAACGUAUUUAGAUCACUGCGUGGCUGUUAUGCAAGAUCAGCUAAGGGUUGCAUUACAAGAGAUAGAACAUUUGAGGAAAAUAAAGCAGGAAAAUGCUGAUGAAAUAGGGAUUCUUCAAAGAAAGUUGAGAACAAAAUCUAUGAAGUCAAGGACCACAUCUCCACAUCCAAUUUUCAAGUGUCCAGGGUGUGAGAAAAUAUUUGUUGGAGAACAGUAUCUUGUUGCUCAUCAACAAAGACGUCAUCCAGAAUUAGUUCCAGAAAAAGUUCCCCAUAACAACCAGAGCAAGGAGGUUGAAAAUCUUCAGCAUCAAGUUCAUGAACUUCAAGAGCGUUUACGAGCCACCGAGGAUGCUUUGAAGCAAAAGCAAAGUCCCACCAUCCCUGAUGUAGCAGCACUUCAAGUCAUUCUUCAAAAUGAACUGCAGAAAAUGAAGCCAGCCAACCCUAAUACUUCAACUCCACCACUGGAAAUUUUGCCGCAAACAAAGUCAGUGCCUGAAAAUGGUUCACUGUCUUGGGAAAGACAUAGUACUGUUAAAGAUUUGGAAGAAUCUUCUCAGGUUGAUACCUUAGAUAGUGGGCAAACAUCCAUAGCAGAGACCUGUCAGCAACUGAAAGUUAAGUAUGAAAAAAGUCAAGCAUCUUUGCUCAUCCGUGUUGAUCAGCAGAAUGAUGAAAUAAAAGCAUUAAGAGAGCAGUUGCUGGAACAACAUAAGGCUCAUGAGUUGGCCAUGCAAAGAAAGCUAGAAGAACUUCAAUGUCAGCACCGGGCUGACUUAGAUGAUCUUCGUUUAUCAAUAAUAAAAAACAGUGGGUCAGGUGACCACUUUGUGAGUUCGCCGACUUCGAAUAAUAAUAAAUUUCAAUCGGACACCCAACAGUCUUCAAUCAAUACAGUCCAGGCAUGGGACAAAUCUGCUGAUAGAAUAGAAGCAACAUCUGCAAGAAAUGUUGCAAAUAGUAUUCUGACAUUGCAGAUCAAUAAUAGUAAAGAUGUAGAACCAUCCAGAAACAGUGAAAGUCUUUCCAUUGCUUCUAAACCUGAAAGAGGCGAGAGUACACUUAAAGAGGAAUAUGUGCCGCCCUCAGAUCAAGAUUCAUCUAUUGCUUCCUCUCAAACAUCAUCCUCUGGUCCAAUUAGUGAUCAACCAACUCGUUCUCCUAGCAGUUUGGAGAAACGAAGCCCAACAGGUCUACCUCCAUCAGUCAAAAGUCAAGUGGGCAAUGUUGACACAGGUCAUUCAAACUCCAUGUAUAACAGAUCGAGCAGCUCUAGUACUGGAACGUCGAGUGAAGCAAGUAGCAGCUCUUACGAUUCUGACAGUCAGUCAUCAAAUAGUGAACAGAACUCACCUGGCAAUGAAAGUGAUAAGUCAAAAUUACAGCUAACACCUCAAGUACUCGAUGGUCUGAAGGAGGAUCUUUUGGGGCUCCUAAACAGAAGGUUACGAGAAUUAGGAGUUGAUCCUGAAUGGGAAGGAUUACCUGCUGCUUCAUUCCAUUCCAAUAUGGCCACAAUAAAACAUCAUGAAAACAUUGCUGCCAAGUCCCACAAAUCUUAUUUUGGAAUUCAAGAGGCCAUCCUGAAGGAAGUUGACAAACAGAUUUUGGAUCGCUCAAAACCUCAACUAUCAACGUCAAGUUCUUCAGAAAAAAUAAGGAAAAAAGUAUCACGUUCAUUUUCGAUCUUUGCACGCAUAAAAUCUCAUAUGAAAAAUAAACUGUCCCAGUCUGGACAUUCAACAGCGCACUCUGAACACUCUGAAAAGUCUGUGGCAGAAACCAAACCUCAUGAUGUUGUUGAAAAUAUGUAUUCUAAUGAACCAUCUACCUCCCACUCAAGACCAUUACAUGAAUAUGAAGUACUUCAAGGAAAGACUACACCUCCAGGACUUUCACAUCAAGAAAAGGAUCUAAGUAUUCAAGAAGAAAUUGAAAAGGAAGCUAUACCACUAAAGAACCAACAACUUCCUUCUCCUUCAAUAACAUCAACUAAUUUGACCUAUGAAAAUUCUGAUCCUAAACCGUUACCUAGUACUUCAGGGAUCAAAAGUAACGUUAAAGUCUACAGCCGGUCAAUGUACGCUAACUUAAAUAAAUCAGAGAUUGAAGUUGAGAAAAAAGAAUCUUCGUCAUCUGAUUCAUCUAUGCAGAGACCUCCAAAGCUGCAGACAUCAACACCUAUCAAAUCAAGUUCUCAAGCUUCACAGAAUGGGACCAAAAAGCCUACAUUCAUGUCAUCCGAUGUGGAAUCAAUAUCCGAAUUAGAAUCUGACUUAAAUGACAUAAUGGAAAAUACUUCUGUAAAGCCAAAUACAUCAACUAUUUCUCGACCUCACACUUCUCUUACCACUGCAGAGCUGCUGGCAAAUGUUGCCAAAUUUCGACAGAGUACUAGUCAAAUGAAUACAACUCAAUCUGUUGUUAAAAGUAAUUUAAAGUCGUCACUAUCAACUGGGAAUAUUAAGAAGAAAGUUGUUUUUAGAGAUGAAAAGGAUGGAUUUGACACAAUUGAGCUUGGACCAGCACAUGGCUCUUAUGAAUCUAUUACACCACAGCGCUCACUUAGUGAAAAUAGUUUGGCCAUAACAAGCAGUAGCCCACUAAAUAGUGACCGGCCUGUGCCACAGCCAAGAAACAGUCUGGCAAAGGACACUGCCAUUUCAUCAGUGUCAAAAAAAGUAGACACAGAUAGUGAUGGGGACUGGGACUGGGACAAGGAUUUAUCCGACACCUUAAAGGAAACAAAAGAAACAAGCCUUGGGAAUGAGGGACUACCUAGAACGGGUGUCACUGAAGGACCAAUCAGAAGCAGCAACUCAGUAGAGGAGAGGAGGUGGAGCAUUGGAUCUACUGAUUCGAGCAAAGUAUCAGAUAUUGUGAAAGACCUUGAAAGAAAGUUACAAGAAAAGAGAGAACGGCCACUGUUUGGAAUCAACAUGACUCGCCCCCUAUCACCUGCUAAUAUAGCACCUCGUAAAUUUUCAAGUUUUUCUCAGUCUGAUUCUGGUAGCACCAGUACCAUGUUGAAAUCUGUGGCAUCAGGAAGCCUUAAUUUGAAUGCUAGUAAGUUGUCAGAUUUAUUACUUGAUGAUGUAAGUAGUAGCUGACCUGCUCCAUACAUCUUUACUUUUAUGUAUGAUUGAAAUGAAGUAUCGUAUUGUCAAGGUUUUGUUUUACCAGUACUUCACAGCUAAACUCAACUGUUUUGACUGAUAUGGUACAAUGAUGAAGUACUGAAUUGUUUUGUAAUUCAUAUGUUUUAAACCUCUUCUCUCUACUAGAAUUAAUUAUGUAUAUUAUGCUAUACUCACGUUACAGUAUUUUCUCUUUAACAAAUUGUGUUCAUUGUCUUUUAGUUA